AUGCACGGCCUCCUCCUUGCUGCCGGGCUUCUUAGCCUGCCUCUCCAUGUUCUCGCACACCCUCAGCCUAGCACAGGCCUCGCUAACCGUGCCGUCGACUUGAACGACUACCGUCUUGCCCAUAGGUCCAGCUACACCGGCCAUGAGGAGAUGGAGAAGCAGCCAACUAUCAACUCUUUCCGCGCUGGAAGCUAUGUUGAGGUUGCUACCGAGAUGGUCAAGCAGACAAUGCCAGGAAUGACCUUCCGCCUUGUCGACGACCAUUACAUUGGCCAGUCUGGUAUCGGCCAUGUGUACUUCCGCCAAACCAUGCACGGCAUGGAUAUUGACAACUCUGAUUUCAAUGUCAACAUUGGCAAAGAUGGCAAGGUCCUCUCUCAUGGAAACUCCUUCUACACCGGGCCGGCUCCCGAAUCCAAGCCAAUGGUGAAGCGAGACUUCUCCGACCCUAUGCAGGCCCUUCACGGAGUCCGCAAGGCCCUCAACCUCCCAAUCAAGGCUGACAAGGCCUCUGUUGAGAAUAUGAGUGAGCACAAAGUCAUGUUCAAGGGAACCUCUGGAGCACUUUCCGACCCUACCGCCAAACUUUGCUACAUGGCUAAAGAAGAUGGAUCUUUGGCCUUGACCUGGAGAGUUGAAACUGAUAUGGGCGACAACUGGCUCCUAUCCUACAUGGAUGCAAAGGACACUAGCAAAGUUCACAACGUUGUUGACUACGUUUCUCACGCAACCUACCAAGUCUACAAAUGGGGCCUUGCUGACCCUACCGAAGGCAACCGCGAAACCCUCACAAACCCAUGGAACCUCAAGACAUCCCCAUUCACCUGGAUUGCUGACGGACAGAACAACUACACCGCAACCCGAGGCAACAACGCAAUUGCCCAGUACAACCCCGAUGGAGGCAACGAGUAUGAAAACAACUACCGACCAAAUGCCAAGAACCUCAAAUUUGAAUACCCAUACUCUCCAAGCAUGAACCCCCCUAAGACUUAUAUCGAUGCAUCUGUCACCCAGCUCUUCUACACAUCCAAUGUUUGCCACGACCUAUACUACAUGCUCGGAUUCACCGAGAAGGCAGGAAACUUCCAGACCAACAACCACGGCCAAGGUGGUAAGGGAGGUGACUUUGUCAUUUUGAACGCCCAGGAUGGCUCUGGCACCAACAACGCCAACUUCGCUACUCCCCCUGAUGGCCAGCCCGGCCGCAUGCGUGCAUACAUCUGGACCAGGGCUAACCCACCUCGCGAUGCCUCCUUCGAGGCAGGUACCAUCGUCCACGAAUACACUCACGGCCUUUCCAACCGUCUCUGUGGUGGACCCGCCAACUCACGCUGCUUGAACGCUAUGGAAUCUGGCGGUAUGGGAGAAGGUUGGGGUGACUUCUACGCCACUGCUGUCCGCCUAAAGCCCGCCGACACCCGCAAGACCAACUACGUCAAGGGUGAAUGGGUUAACAACAGCCCCAAGGGUGUUCGACAAUACCCUUACUCCACCGAUAUGAACGUCAAUCCCCUCGUUUACACCUCAAACAACAAAUUGAACGAAGUCCAUGCUAUCGGAACCGUCUGGGCCACUAUGCUCUAUGAAAUGCUAUGGAACUUGAUCGACAAGCACGGCAAGAAUGAUGGCCCAACCCCAGUGUUCGAGAACGGUGUUCCAAAUGACGGCAAGUACCUUGCAAUGAAGAUUGUCAUGGACGGCAUGGCCAUCCAACCCUGCAACCCAAACUUCGUCCAGGCCCGUGACGCUAUCCUUACCGCCGACAAGAACCUCACCAAGGGAUCGAACAAGUGUGAAAUCUGGAAGGCAUUCGCCAAGCGCGGAUUGGGCACUGGUGCCAAGUUCGGAAAGACACGUACUGGCAGCACCGAAGUUCCACAAGAGUCAAAGGGUUUGACUGCAUGUUCCAUUAUCCAGAAUAGUCGGUCACCCCAAUCUACCACGUCGAAGUCUGUAUACGCCGCAACAAGAGAACAUCUCCCACAGUUUCUCCUCUAUUCAACCAUGCAGGAACAAGUCGGAUCAUCAUGCUUAGUAACCGGCUAUCUCGAUGCAACCACCGCGCAGGGCCAGGGGCUUGAUAUAGAUUUCCAUGGCGCCCUGAAGACCAAAAUUUACAGAAAGUGCCCAGAAAUUAGGAAUGACACCUCGGGCUUGCUGGGCUGGGCGGCCUAUAAAACUCGAGAUUCCCCCCUCGGCGUGCGGGUUGGCCUCUACGAUAGACACCGUUAUCGAAGGAAGCGCAGCUCGGGAGAAUCGCAAUCCUCAAUCAUGGUGGCCUACAGCAUCUUGACUCUCGUCUCCCUGGGCUUGGCCUCCCACUGUGCGAACGCCCUUCAGUAUGGCUACAACCAGGUCGCCGUGCAUAAGGACUCGGGUGCGCUCGAAGCAGCAUUUCCUGCGAUAAAUGGCACGAAAUUGCUGUCUCCUGCCUUUAAGUCUCCUAGCUCUGUGCCAAAGGACUUCUCAAUUGGCAAGUCUGGGCCAACUAGUGAUGACACCAUGGAUAGGUUCCUCCGUGGCCUGGCAAGGUCAAAUAGCUGGAUGACCUACCAUCAGGCCGACUUCACCUCUGAAGAAGGCCGAAAGUUCCCCUAUGUAUACCUAUCUGGGAGCAACUCGUCCCUCACGAACCCAGGAAGCCGCAACAAGUUGCGAGUCUGGCUCCAGGGAGGUGUCCAUGGGAACGAACCGGCUGGCGACCAGUCCAUGCUUGCGCUCCUCGGAGAGAUGGCCGCAAACCAAAAGUGGACCGCCAGUGUCCUGGAUAAAAUGGAUAUCCUGGUCCUGCCUCGCUACAAUCCUGAUGGCGUCUUUUACUUCCAGCGCUACCUGGCCACCAACUUUGAUCCAAACCGUGACCACGUCAAACUUGCCCGGCGACAAACUAGAGAUAUCAAGGAAAUGUUUAGCAAGUUCAGCCCACAUAUCGCGACAGACAUGCAUGAGUUCACUGCAGGCAGAACCUUCGGCCCGAACAAAGAUGUGGCGUAUGCUGCCGAUGCACUAUUCAGCGCGGGAAAGAAUCUCAACGUUGAUGAAGGCAUUCGUCAAAUGUCGGAGAAGCUAUUUGCCAAGCGUAUGGGGAAAGAUAUUGAGGCCGCCGGGCUACGGUGGGAUCCAUAUGUCACCCAGGGAGACUCACCUAGCUCAAAGUUACUGUUUCUAGAGGCCGGUACAGAUGCUAAGAUUGGCAGAAAUGCUAUGGCCUUGACGCAGUGUGUUGUCUUCCUCUGCGAAACCAGAGGAAUCGGUGGUGCCGAUCAGCAUUUCGAGCGCAGAACUCUUAGUGGAUUGACAAUGGCUAAAAGCAUCAUUCAAACCGCCGUCGAUAAUUUCGACGAGGUCUUCAAUACUAUGGAAAAGGGCAUCAAGCGCUUCAUCCACAGCAAGGGCGAUAUUGUCAUCACUGACAAAUCUCCUAUUAUUCAGAAGACAUUCGGUAUGAUCAACGUAACCGACGGCUCUCUACUCGACUAUCCCGUUGAUUUUGCCUCAACUUCACCAUCUACCCCGGUCAUGACUCGCAGCCGUCCACGAGCCUAUGUGAUCCCUUCAUCAUGGCCAGAUGUCGUCGAGCGCCUAGAGGUGUUUGGUCUCAAGGUUGACAAAUUGCCAUUCGCUUACAAGGGACGCGUACAGGCAUUGAAUGUUACAUCAGUUACUUUUGACACUGAAUACUAUGAGGGGGCCGUUAUAUCAACGGUGAAGACAACGAUGGUUGAGCAGGACGUUAAUCUUCCUCGAGGCAGCUAUCUGCUAAAGACAAAUCAGAAAAACGCAGCCCUCGCUUUUGUUGCAUUGGAGCCCGAGUAUAUGGAUUCCUUUGCUUCGUUCGGAAUCAUACCGCUCAGCACUGGUGACCAAUACCCAAUCUUCAGAUUGCAGUAA